AUGGACCACCCCCCGUAUACGGAGUCUAACUUGCAUUCUGAUGAAAAUAAGGAAGUAGAGCGCAAUAAGCAGGGAUUAACAGAAACCACCAACAACGAUCAAUCACCACCACAACUGCAACAACCACAAAAUCAACAAAACGAGAAACAGGAAUACACAACAGAACACCACCACCAUCAACAACAACAGCCCCAUCAAACUAUGUCUAUUCAUAAUGGAGAGUUUGGUAGAUAUCAACCGCAAAUGCAAAUGAACCCUUUACUUCAUCAACAGUUUUCGCAACCACAACCGUACCCCACUUCUCAGUAUUUGCAACCACGUCAACAACCAUUUUCACAACCAGGACUGUUUUCUAUCCCCAUUUCUCAAACACAACCGCUGUUGGCGCCUUUGCAAACUCCCAAUUAUGUUGUAAAUUCUUAUCAGCAGUUGCCCAUUCAAAGUCCAUACGCAGCUACACAAACACCGCACUUCAUCCAACUUAACCAAGCUGGCGCUCCACAACUGAGAAGUCGUCACUUGCUGGAUUCAAAGUUUGAAGAUGCACAUGGCAACUUAUUGAGCUACAAUUAUGACAGAGGUUCGGGGUCUUCUGCCUCUGCUAUGCACGAGACUCAACAACAUAAUAUUGGGACAACCGAAGCAAAUGAGCUUGGAUCAAAGUCUGGCGCCCCAUCAUUCAACACGGGAGCAUCCUACACACAUAUUCAAAGCUCAAUGCAAUCGCAAUUGGUUCCCAGCAGAGGCUCAACUACCACAACAACAACAUCCUCUACUACACCAUUUGAUAACGGUCCACUCAAUGAAAAUCAAAAAUCAGUGGUAUCCCAAUGCACUAGAUGCAAAAAGGAGUUUGUUCAAGUGAUCACAGUUCCACCUAAAGAUGGUGAUAGUAGUAACAACAACAGUUCAAAACAAGUCACAGGUCAAACAAAACUAUUCAAAUUGUGUCAUCAUUGUCGGGAACUUCAACGACAAAGAUCAAGAAGAUGGCAGAUGAAAACAAAGGAUAGAAAAGGUGUUUGUCGUCGUUGUGGGAUCGAGAUCCCAUUCAAUGAACAAAAGUACGUGUUGUGUGCUAAUUGCCGCCUGAACUUACGAACAAGAAAAGCUGGUCGUGCAUCACAAGGUAAGUGUAUUCAUUGUUCAGGUUUUUUGGAGGACGACCAGGUAUCUGAUGAUCUGUUGAUGAUGAAUGAAUCGUCAAGCGUUGAUGAGUAUGGUAAGCACUCCCCUAAAUCAAGCACUUUCCGUGUUUGUCAAAAGUGUAGAGGGAAAGAUAAAUUGAGAAGACACAAUUUAGAACAGAUGGGGUAUUGUAAUCGUUGCACGAGGGCAUUGGACCCCCAGGACCAGGGAAGAUUUAAAGUUUGUGGUGAGUGCCGGAUGAAAAAGAGACAAUAUGGCAAUAAAAGUCAAGAUCAACCAGCUUCCCCACCUUCACUCCCGCAAUUGCAAAACAUGAGUACGAGCCAUCAAUCUGGCAGCAGUCUUGCAUCGCAACCAGGUUCAUCAUUGCAGUCAUAUGCCACACAGCACUAUACACCAUAUCCACAAUACAGUAACCAUACUUAUAGUACCAGCGGGAAUGUUAAUGUGAAUGCCCAAUUUCCCCCUCCGUCACAACUUCCUGGCCCGUACAUGCUGCUGUCUUUUACACCAAAUCUGUUGUACAACAAUAAUGCUCAAAUAAUGCUGCAUCAACAAAUUCCAUAUGGUGUUCAACUGCAACAUCCUAUUCACAGCCAUCCUUUCCAAGGAUCUUCUACACAUUCACUGCAACCUCAAGAUGUACAAAGUCAAAGCCAGACACAAGAUCAAAAUCAUAACCUCCCAGGGCAAGGACAAGAUUAUUUUGGGACCACAAAUUAUCCUGACAGACGGUCCUAG